CUUCUGCGCGAUAUACUCUGGUCUGAGCCAAACCGAAGAAACAGGAACGGUUGGGGCGAAGAUCGUGGUACGGCACGUACAUUUGGCGCUGAUGUUGUGGAGCAUUUUUUAAAGCGUCAUGCAUUCGACCUAAUUUGUCGCUCACACCAGGUGUUUUCAGUCGUCCGAGCAUUUCGCUUUAUGUUACUUCUGGAUUACUAUUAA